AUGCAUCUAGCUUCAUUCAUCAUUCUCAGCUUGAGCUUUUACUAUGCUCAAGCCGACUCGAACACUUCCAUGUCAGGCCCUCAACUCAAGCCUAUGAAGUGCACCAACAUUUACUUGACUUUGUCGGAACGUGACAUAGCCGAAAUGCAAAGCAAGGUGUCCACCAACCCAGUCAAGGCCGUCUGCAAAAGCAGUGCCGCGGGUGACAACGGGGGUUUGUGCGACUUCAAGACUUGCUCCGGGAAACCUGCAGUUUGUGGUACCUGCUACCCAGUUACAAUGAAAGAAGGUAAACUGGUGAGGACUUCUGAAACAUCUGUUGAAAAAGUGGAAUGUGGAAAGAAUUACUUCUUGAAAACAGAGAAGGACCACAACAUCUGUACUGCCUAUGAUAACAAGAUGUACAGUUGCACUGGGGAAUGCAAGGCUUCAAUUGAAUGCCAGUCUUGUGUUAGUUUGGAUGAUCCAGCCUUCAAGAAGGCCUCCUAG